GUGAAGAUAAGCGGGACAGAUAAUACAUCAUCGCGGGGAAAAGAUAACUCAUUUUGAUAGAUUAGGUUACAGGUUUUCAUUUCCAUUAGUCUAGAAAAAGUGCAACGGUAGUAUAGAUGUCAUCAUCAUGGGUAAAAGCGAAAGAGAUCAAAAGAAACAGUGGGGACUCUUCUUUUGUUGCAUCAUUUUUGUGACUCUCGUCAUGGUCUGUUAUUACCUUCCACCUGGCUUUCGAUUCGGCACAAAUGAUGAUUGCGUUGCCCCCUAUUAUGCAGAUAACUCCACGGAUCGAGUGAAAACAAUUUUAUUCUGGACGACUUGGUUUGGCCAAAAAGUAGAGAUAGAUUUCGGCAUUUGUCCCGUUAGCAAUUGUCGACUCAUUAAUGACCGACGCUUGUUAACAGAGAGCGACGCCAUUGUUUUUCACUUUCACACAAGUGACUCACUGACUCGUCUUCCAACUUGUCGAAGACCGGAUCAACGUUACAUCUUUUUCAACUUUGAGUCCCCCAUUAACGCUCAAGCCAAAUCUCGGAAAAUAUACGAAAAAUUACCUCAUCAUUUCUUCAACUGGACGGCCACAUAUCGAUUUGAUUCUGAUCUGUUUAGGAACCAAUUUUAUGGUUUCGAAUUCCACCCCAAAACCAACCCUCACACAAUUCGGCCUAAUUUCAGUGAUUAUUACGGAAUCGACAUUACGACUAAGAAUAAAACAGUGGCCUGGUUCGCUAGCAACUGCAAAACGGCAAACGAUCGGGAAGGCUACGUCAAAGAACUUGAGAAAUACAUUCAAGUGGACGUGUUCGGCAAAUGUUCAGCUCACCCCAAAUCCUGUCCCAGAACGAAGCAAAACGACUGCAACGAAAUGCUCAAAAACGACUACUUAUUUCAUCUGAGCUUCGAGAAUUCUUUUUGCCCAGACUACGUCACCGAAAAACUUUACAAGGCCUUUGAAACAGGCACUGUACCGGUCGUGUUUGGCGGAGCCAACUAUUCGCUGUUUGCUCCACCUCACUCUUACAUCAAUGCUCGAGAUUUCAAAACACCACAGCUGCUGGCUGAAUAUUUACUCCAACUGAGUCGGGACCUUGACCGUUAUUCUUACUACUUUGACUGGAGAGGAGAGUUCAACAUGGAACAGCAUCCAGCAGAGCCUUGGUGCAAACUUUGCGAAAUGAUCAACGAUCCCACGAUUCAGCCCCGAAAUUAUCCUGACAUACAGAAAUGGUGGUUUGAAGAACGCCCUUGUGAGCACUUUAAAUAUAAGUUUGACUGAUAGGAGAUGAUAGGAGUGAUUAUGGGUGUGAACAUGGUUAAAUAUG